AAUACAAUAUAAGAACAUGAUGCUUCAUUAAAUCAUUUAAUAAAUAAAUUAUAUUAUCCAUAUAUGGCUGAUUCUGGAAGAGAAAAUUGGGCUGUUGACGAAUUACUCAAGGCUGAAGAAGAGGCUAAUGCCAUUAUCAAGAAUGCUUAAAAGGAGAGAGAAAAGAAAAUUAAAGAGGCCAAGGUUGCAGCCGAUUAAGAAAUUGCUGUAUUCCGUAGAGAAGAAGAAACUAGAUACAACUAAGAAAUUCUAAGAGUAAAUUACAAAUUUAGACUAAUAGCGUUUUGGAUCAACAAAGGAAGAAGAAGAAUUAGAGAGAAAGACAAAAGCUGAAAUAGAUAAGAUUUAUGCUGAUUAUGAAGCCAACAAAUUAGCUGUGGUUGACAUGUUGAUUAAAAGAGUUAUUGAAGUUAAAUUAGAAGUGCCUAGAGUUGUUAAGGGAUAAUUUGAAUAGCCUCAAUAAACUAUAUGAGAGAUAAUCAAUUCAUAAUAAAAUAAAAUAAGU